AUGGGCGCAUCCGAUAAGACACCCAGCCGUGGCUAUAUGGCGACCUAUUCCAUGGGCAUUGUUACUGGAUGCGCGCUCUACCCGGUCUUCGUGCAUCUUUGGUGUUCUAUUCGCAAGGCAGGAUCUACUCCGCGUCCUCCUCGCGCAAAGGCGGUGGCGCCUCAGGAGGAAUCGGGAGAUGAACGGAUGAGGUUGCAUCACGGCGCAUUAGACCAGGCAAUGGUGACGUCCGAGGCACCGUUGCUCGUCAUGGAGAGCGUCCGCGCUGAGUUGGACUCCCUUGGCAUCAUCGUCGAGGACGACCGCAGGUACAGACUACGGUGUGUCAGGCCUGGGAGGAAUACGAAAAACGGCCAGGGCAACACUAUCUACGGAGAACCGUUAUACGACGUGGGCGACGAGGUUCGUUUCCAUCUCGAGCUCACACACGCGACCUCGCUUGCUGGGGCAUAUUCACUCGAUAUCCGCCGGCUGAAAGGGAAUCUGCGGAGCUACCAGUUCCUACACGACACAAUCCGAGACCGUGUUGCCCUCAGCCAAUGA